CCUGUACACUUACUGAAAGGGUUAGUGAGUGUAGGUAGACUUCUCGGAGCAUCUCUGAGACAAUUAAGUAACCUGUAACCUGAGAUCAUAGGUAAGCCAACCAAAACAGCUUCCCAAACCUUCGCAUUUUUGCGCGCUAGCCAGAGGCUCCCAGCCUCGCUUCAGCUUCCUGGGCGGUGCAGACACCUGGUACAAGCAAGGUAUGGGGACCACCUGGCUCAGCUACUCCAGGUGAGAGCUCUACCUAGUUGGAAGGCUCUUCCCCUUGGGCAAGUUCACUUAUGAAUUACUUCGUGCAUCGCAAGGAAAGCUUCUUUCUGUAACAUCUAAAGGUAUUUGUGUGGACCUCCGAGUGUGGAAAAGUUCCACACCGAGGUGGCCCGGGGGCAGCCCUCCCGGCGGGGACGCGGGGACACAGCGGUGGCGGGAAGGGUGUGUCCGUGAGGCGGGCUCUGGGGCCGCCCCCGCAAGGCCGCCUAUUUAGGGAGCGGCGGCAGGCUGCAGCGGCCGGGCCUGCGCUUAUGGCUUCCCUGGGGGACGGGGUGCAGGACGGUUACAUGUACCCCGCGUGCGCCGCCUACUCGUACCCGUACCCUUACCCGUCCGCGGCCAAGGGCAAGGGCGUAGCGGGCGGGUGCAGCUGGCGACCACGCAGCUGGGGCUACCCUCCCGCGGCUUCCUCCUCCUCCUCCUCCUCGGCCGGGGCGGCCCCGCCGUCCUUUCCCGGCUACGGGCAGCUGAUGGCCGCCGAGUACUUCGACAACUACCAGAGGGCGCAGCUCAUGGCCCUCCUGUCUCAGGUGAGCCCCGGCCUGGCCCCGCGGCUCCGCAAGGUCGGCAGCCGGGACGCGGCCGUGCAGGUGAACCCGCGCCGGGACGCGUCGGUGCAGUGCUCGCUCGGGCGGCGCACGCUGCUGCGCAGGCCCGGCGACGUCGGGCACCCGGCCAGCCCCGGCCCCGAGGGCACGGCGGGCGCCGCCGCCUCCCUGCAGCCGGCCCGCGGGGGCCCCGAGCGCGACAGUCCCCCGAGCGGCGGCCCGCGGCCCGUGCACUUCCCGCGCACCGUCGCGCUGUACUCGCCCCUGGUCUCCCGCCACCUCACCACCUUCCUGGACGGCGCCGAGGCCGCGCCGGGCGCAGGGCGAGGGCCGCCACCCGCGAAGCCCCGAGACGCCCAGCCGGGAGAGGGGUCGGCGAGGAGUGAGCCCCAAGCGCCGCCGUCCCAGGACGAGGAGGAGGAGGAGGCCGCGGCCGCGACGCGGGCGAGCGGGGAGCCGCGGGAGACCCGGGCGGCCGAGGCCACCCCGCGGAGCGCGUCCGGGAGCCCGGAACAGCCGCCGCCGGCACGGGGCGCCCAGGCCGCCGAGGGCGCGAGGUCGUCGCAGCGGAGCCCGGAGCCGGGCAAGGAGCGCCUGCGCUUCCAGUACUUGGAGCAGAAGUACGGCUACUAUCACUGCAAGGACUGCAACAUCCGGUGGGAAAGUGCGUACGUGUGGUGCGUGCAGGGCACGAGCAAGGUUUACUUUAAGCAGUUUUGCAGAACCUGUCAGAAGUCUUACAACCCUUACCGCGUGGAGGAUAUUAUCUGUCAGAGUUGUAAGCAGACUAGGUGCUCCUGCUCAGUCAAACUCCGCCACAUCGACCCUAAACGGCCCCAUCGCCAGGACCUGUGUGGGAGAUGCAAAGGCAAACGCCUGUCCUGUGACAGCAGUUUCAGCUUCAAAUACAUCAUUUAAAUGAGUGUAAAAGGCCGGGCCCGACUGGGUGCUAGUGGAGCAGACACGUGGGCUUUUCUCAAGCCCCUUCUCCUUCCGGCCUCUUCCUUUUCCUGAAAGGCUGUUUUUGACAAAGCCUUGAAAUAAAAGUAUU